UACUGUCCUCUCACCUCGAUCAGACUCGAUUGGUGUUCGAUUCUCAGUCUCCAAUCCCUAACCCUAGUUUUUCACAAUCAAAGUCCGAUCUCUAGCUUCGAUCAUGGCCUCCGAGGAGCCUACUGUAGCCGUUGAAGCUGCUCCAGAGGAGCCAACUCCUGCUGAACCGGCGGAGGAAAAGCCUGCUGCCAAAGGAAAGGCUAAGAAAGCUAAGGAACCUAAGCCGAAGAAGCCUGCCGCUCCUAGGAAGCCGAGGAGCCCUCCCUCUCAUCCUCCAUAUGAAGAGAUGAUCAAGGAUGCCAUUCUGACUUUGAAGGAGAAGAAUGGGUCUAGUCAGUAUGCGAUCACUAAGUUCAUCGAGGAGAAGCAUAAGCAGCUGCCUGCUAACUUCAAGAAGCUUUUGCUCUUCCAUUUGAAGAAGCUUGUCGGCUCUGGUAAGCUUACCAAGGUCAAGGGUUCGUUUAAGAUCCCGUCAGCUAAGGCUUCACAGAAGCCGGUUGCUGCAGCACCGGCGAAGAAGAAGCCUACCGUGAAACCCAAGGCAGCUGUCAAGCCCAAACCAGCAGCCAAGCCCAAACCAGCUGCCAAGCCCAAGGUGGUUGUUAAGCCGAAGGCAGCUGCCAAGGCGAAAGCGCCUGCGAAGACCAAAGCCGCUGCUAAGCCCAAGGCAGCUGUGAAGCCCAAGGCAGCUGCAAAGCCCAAAGCUGUUGCGAAGCCUAAGACUGCGGCUGCUAAGCCGAAGGCUUCAGCUGCCGCAAAACCGAAGGCGGCUGCUAAGCCCAAGGCAACUGCGCCUAAGCCAAAGCCGAAGGAAAAGCCUGCCAAGGUUGCGAGGACUUCAACAAGGACAUCUCCUGGGAAGAGGGCGGCAGCUCCCAAGCCGAAGACGGCCCCUGCGCCUAAAAAGGCACCAGCAAAGAGUGCAAAAGCAAAGACGGCGAAGUCUCCUGCAAAGAAGGCUACAACAACUCGGAGGGGGAAGAAGUGAUCCCUAAUGGAGAGAGUAGUUUCUCCUAGGCGUAGUGUUUGUAAAUUCCGGCGAUCUUUUGGGUGUAUUUAGUAUAUCCAUACCCAUGAAAACAUGAUAUCAAACCUUCUGCAUCUCCAUUCUCUACAGUUACAAUAUUCGGUUCAUUUACCGGUUUUCUUUUUAGUUAAUUUGUUCCCUUUUCUUAUUGAUAUUUGGAUAGUAUUGUAGAUCUAUCUUCUGCUUGAAUGGAUUAUGAGAUGUGACGAUCAUAGAAAUUGCUUCAAAUUCUA